UGUAUUCUCUGCUGGCUCCACCAUCAUUUAAGUAGCUCUUGCUUUCAAGACUUGAGUCAUCGUAUGGGGGCAUCAAGUUGAGAAGCUUCCACUCUGAGGGCAACGUUGAGAGAGAGCACGCAGCAUGUCAUCUGGGUUGGAUAAGUAUUGUGGCUCCACAUUUUGGAAUGCUUCUUUCUUGGACCGCCCUGACCCUGACCUCACAGUGUGCUUGGAGCGGACGGUGCUGGUGUGGAUUCCUCUGGGCUUUCUGUGGAUCUGUACGUCAUGGCAAGUUCUGGCCCUCUGCAAGUUGAGACAAGUUGGAGGCACCUGUUCAAGAAUCUACCUGGUAAAACAGAUCCUCGCCUGCCUCCUGUUCCUGACCUCUAUGGCUGAGUUGGUUUUCACGGUAAUUGAAGACAUUGAGAUGGACAAAGACCUCACAACUGAUAAACAAAACCCACUUGUGUUCUACGUAAAUGGUUUCAUUUACAUGCUGUCUUGGUUGAUGGUGAUGCUAAUCCACGAGGGGAGAAGACGGGUCGACGACAGAAACUCUGCCUGCCUCUUCAUCUUCUGGCUGCUGUCUGUUCUGUGUGACAUAUUUAUGCUGCAGACUCUCAUCAGAAUGGCUGUUGAUCAGGGUGGUCCUCCUGAUUUGCCAAGGUUCAUACUAUUCUGUAUCGCCUACAGUCUCAAGUGCAUGUCACUGGUUGCCUCCAGCAUCGCUGAUGUAUCUGCAGAAAGAAGAGCAGGUGCGGAGAAGAACCCACAGUUAUCUGCAUCUUUUCUCAGUGAAAUAACAUUCAGCUGGUUCAAUGGGAUGAUGAUGAAAGGUUACAGAAAACCCCUGGAGACCAAGCACCUGUGGGAACUGAAUGAGGAGGAUAAAUGUCAGACCAUUUACGCUGAGUUCGAGAAGCACAUGGUGGAAGGGCUGAAUAAGGCUCGGAGGAGGAGGGAAAAAAAGCAAAGGAAGCAAGCUCACAAGGAUGCUGAACAAAUAAAUGGUUUUAACAGAAGUGCCAGCCAAGAUAUCCUAGUGAUGGAAGAAAAGAGAAGGGAAGACAAAAAGACGAAGGCCGGGAAGGAGGAGUCAGCAUCGAGGGGUGCGUCAGGGUGGUUGGUGCUCGCCCUGUUGAAAACUUUUUGGCGCAUCCUCCUCAAGGGCAUGGUUUUUAAAGUCUGCCAUGACUCCCUGCUGUUUGUCAACCCCCAGCUACUGAAGCUGAUGGUUUCCUUUGCCGAAGAGAAGUCCAUUUACGAGUGGAAGGGGUACCUGUACGCUGUGCUGCUGUUUAUCCUGGCCAUCAUUCAGUCAAUGAUGUUGCAGCAGUACUUCAAUAGUUGCUUCCUGCUUGGCAUGCGGGUACGGACGGCCAUCAUUGCGGCUGUCUACAAGAAGGCCCUGACAGUGUCCAAUGCCACCCGGAAGGAGUCCACUGUAGGGGAGAUUGUGAACUUGAUGGCUGUGGACGCACAGAGGUUCAAUGACGUCACGAACUUCAUCCAUCUGCUGUGGUCAGCCCCGCUUCAGAUUGUGAUCGGCAUCAUCUUUCUGUGGCAGGAGCUGGGGCCUUCGGUCCUGGCUGGGUUUGCGGUCAUGAUCUUCCUCAUUCCCAUCAAUGGAGUGCUGGCCAGUAAAAGCAGAGCCCUGCAGGUGAAAAACAUGAAGCACAAAGACCGGCGGAUGAAAUUAAUGAAUGAUAUUCUGAGCGGGAUUAAGGUUAUGAAAUUUUAUGCCUGGGAACCAUCCUUUGAACAAAAGAUUUUCGAAAUAAGAGAGAAUGAGUUGAAAAUGAUAAAGAAGUCUACAUACUUGCUGGCUAUUGCUAUUUUCCUUGUUAUGUGUGCACCUUUCAUGGUUUCUCUGGUCAGCUUUGCUGUCUAUCUUGCCGUCGACAAGAACAACGUUUUGGAUGCUGGAAAGGCAUUCACUUCCAUCUCGCUCUUCAACAUACUGAGGUUUCCUCUGGCGAUGAUACCCAUACUCAUCUCAUCGAUAACCCAGGCCACUGUUUCCUGCAAACGGCUCGAAAAGUUUCUGGGAGGCAAAGACUUGGACACAUCUGCAAUCCAACACAAUUCCAGACUCGAUUCGGCAAUCAGCUUCUCAGAUGCGUCCUUCUCGUGGGACAAAAGUGGAGAUCCAACUAUUAAGGAUGUGACGUUGGACAUCAAGCCGGGCAGUCUGGUGGCAGUGGUGGGCCCAGUGGGAUGUGGGAAGUCCUCUCUGAUGUCAGCAAUACUGGGCGAGAUGGAGAAUGUCAAAGGAUUCAUUAAGACCAAGGGUACAUAUGCCUAUGUCCCUCAGCAAGCUUGGAUCCAAAACAACACCCUUCAGGCCAACAUCUUGUUUGGUUUGGAACUGAAAGAAUCUUGGUACCAGAAAAUCUUGGAGGCCUGUGCUCUUUUACAGGACCUGGAGCUGUUACCUGCGGGAGAUCAAACAGAGAUUGGAGAAAAGGGCAUCAACCUGAGCGGAGGCCAGAAGCAGCGGGUCAGUUUGGCCAGGGCAGUGUACAGCGGCGCUGACGUCUACAUCCUGGAUGACCCUCUCUCCGCAGUCGACGCACAUGUGGGGAAGCACAUCUUUGAGAAGGUGGUCGGCCCAAAUGGGCUUCUGAAGGACAAGACUCGAAUUCUUGUGACACAUAGUGUCACCUUCCUGCCUCAGACAGACAACAUUGUUGUUCUGGUAGAUGGUGCAGUGUCUGAAGUGGGGUCGUACACAACGUUAAAGGCAAACAGAGGGGCGUUUGCGGACUUCCUGAACACCUACGGGGAGCAGAGCCACAGAGGAGAGGGAGAGCCGACAGUUACCGUGGUGACAGAGGAGGAUCUCACACCGGCUGAAGAUCAUGGGCCACAGACAGAUGAGCAUCCAGGUGACGCAGUGACUCUGGAGCUGAAGCGGGAGCUCAGCGACCGAGCCAGGCGCAGGACGGGGAGAAGCAGCGUAAGAGUGUCUCUGAAGAGGUCCAUGAGGAUCAAGCACCUGGCACCAAAGGAAGAGGAGCAUGUGGAGGCAGUGAGGGGUCAGAAACUGACAGAGGAUGAGGCCAUGGAAACAGGAAAGGUGAAGUUCAAAGUCUACUGGAAAUACUUGCGUGCCGUUGGCUGGCUGUACUCCAUACUGAUAACACUGCUGCACUUUGCUCAUAACAUGGCUGUCAUUGGACAGAACUUCUGGCUCAGCGAUUGGACCAAUGACGCCACCCGUGACAUCAACUCCACCGACCUGGCCUCUGUAAGGGAUUGGCGGAUUGGCAUCUUUGGAGUACUGGGACUUGCCCAAGGUAUCUUUGUGCUCCUUGGAGUGUUCCUGAUUACGGGAAGGACUAUCACUGCCUCCCGGGACCUGCACUCCUGUCUGCUCCGCAAUAUCCUACAUCUUCCCAUGUCCUUCUUCGACACCACACCGACAGGCAGAAUUGUCAACAGAUUUGCCAAGGACAUUUACACCAUUGAUGAGGUGAUCCCAAUGUCAUUUCGGUCCUGGCUGUCUUGCUUCUUCGGUGUGUUCAGUACUGUCUUGGUCAUUUGCCUGGCCACGCCUUACUUUGUCAUCGUGAUUGUGCCCCUUGCCCUACUCUACUAUUUUGUACAGAGGUUUUACAUCGUCACCUCCAGACAACUCCGCCGUUUGGACUCUGUCACCAGGUCGCCCAUCUACUCCCACUUCGGGGAGACGGUGACAGGCCUGGCCUUGAUCCGCGCCUACGGACACCAGGCCCGAUUCCUGGACCACAACGAGAAGAUCCUGGAUGGCAACCUGAAGUGUGUCUUUUCCUGGAUUGUGUCCAAUAGGUGGCUUGCCAUCCGGUUGGAAUUUGUUGGCAACCUGGUGGUGUUCUUUGCUGCGCUGUUUGCUGUCUUGUCCAGAGACAGUCUGAAUAGUGGGCUGGUCGGGCUGUCCAUUUCAUAUGCACUAAAUGUGACGCAGGCACUGAACUGGCUGGUGAGACAGACAUCCGAUCUGGAGACUAACAUCGUGUCGGUGGAGCGAGUGGCCGAAUACAGCCAGCUGGAGAACGAGGCUCCUUGGGUACUGGAGAACAGACCAGAAAAGGGCUGGCCAUCAAAGGGUGAGAUCAGAUUUGUGGAUUACAAGGUGCGGUACAGGCCAGGGUUGGACCUGGUGUUGCACGGAUUCUCCUGUGACAUCGGGACCAAAGAAAAGAUCGGCAUUGUUGGGAGAACAGGCGCUGGCAAGUCCUCUCUGACCAACUGUCUGUUCCGCAUCAUUGAGGCAGCUGGGGGGAAGAUCCUUAUUGACGGACUGGACAUCGGCACCAUUGGUCUCCAUGACCUGAGGCAGAGACUCACUAUCAUCCCACAGGACCCCGUGCUGUUCUCGGGUACGGUCCGGAUGAACCUGGAUCCUUUCAACAGAUACUCUGAUGAGGAGGUGUGGAGUGCGCUGGAACUGGCUCACCUGAAGCACUAUACCGCCGGCUUACCGAACAAGCUGCAGCACGAGGUGUCGGAAGGAGGGGAGAAUCUCAGUGUGGGCCAGCGGCAGCUGCUAUGCCUCGCCCGGGCGCUCCUGCGGAAGUCCAAGAUCCUGAUCCUGGAUGAGGCGACGGCGGCCGUGGACCUGGAGACGGACGGCCUGAUCCAGAGCACCAUCCGCAGCCAGUUUGCAGACUGCACCGUGCUAAUCAUCGCCCACCGGCUGCUCACCGUCAUGGACUGCAGCAGGGUGAUGGUUUUGGACGCUGGAAAAAUCCUGGAAUUUGACAGCCCCUCUGUGCUGCUUCAAAGCAAAGGACACUUCUACCAUAUGGUGAUAGAUGCGGGCAUAGCGUUGGAUGGGGACACGGCCCUCUGAGGGUCUUUCUGGGCACGACCACACAAUGAGGGCUGGUGCCAACCAUUCGGAAGGAGUGCGCGUGUCGACAACCUGCACCUCAGCCGCUCGGGAUAAGGAAGGCUCUCCCGAACCACUCUCUUGUGUAAAACAAUAACCCUGACUUUCUGCGCUGUGAUGAGCUGGAGAUCGGGGAGGGCAGCCGCAGUUUCCACCGGUGGGAUUUCACGCUUGGCAGCUGAUCGGCCACGGGAGGCGUGCCUGGGUCUCUGGGAUGGGCACGGAGCAGAACAUCAAGGUUACCUGGCACCAACUGGGGAGCUUCCGCACACCACAUGGCACUGUGCCCAGGGCCUUUACAUCCACUUCACUCACCAGCUCUCCUGAGCUCGACAAUCUACCCUCGCUCACAGUCCAACCUUAACAUACCCUCCUCCUCAACUACCCACCUCUCCUCCAGCUGAUAUCUCUCCGUCCCAGCUCUUCCCCGAAUUUAAUUCCUAUACCACCGGCUGCCUGAAUCCCCCUCUACACCCCCACCCUCCCAUCCCACUAACUCUAGACCCUCCCUACAAACCCCACCACUACUCUGGCUCCUCCCUACAACCCCCACCACUGUAGACCCUCCCUACAACCCCCCCGUCCCACUACUCUGGACCCUUUCUAUAAUCCCAUUACAUCCCAGACCCUCUGUACAAUUCCCCACCACUGGCUGCCCAGACCGUCUCUAUAACCAACCCUGUGCUCUCCUGUCACCGUGUCGACUUCUGUUCGACAAUGGCUCCUGUGAGGGACCGGCUGGCGUGUUGCCGUUCGAGCUGCUUGUCCAAUCCGGGACAUUACGUUACAUCAACCUCAGCUCCAACGCGGCAUGACGAUGUGGGGUCAAACGCCGACUAUAGCUCCCAGCUAUUUCCCCAGUCUCAGCCCGACCCGUUUGUCCUCGGCCUCCUCCACACCAGGGUGAGGCUAAACACAAACUAGGGGAACAGAGCCUCAUGCUCCCCCUGGACAGUCUACAACCUGUCGGCAUGGACAGUGAAUUCUCCAACCUCCAGCAACCUGCUCCCCCUCUCCUCCUGAUCUCCCCAGUCCCUCCUGCACCCACCCCCAGCCCCCCAUCACCCUGUUCCUUUCCCCUCCUCCACCCACCCCAUCACCCACACACCCCUCCCACUGGGUCCCCUCCGCCCCACUGUUCCCACCUGCCCUCCCCACCUCCCUUAUUUGGUUUCAGGCUCCACCUUCCUCUCCGAUCAGAUCCCACCAUCUGCAGCCCCUCUGUCACCUCCCGGCCUCUGUCGCUGUUCCCACCCUCCCCUCCCCCAUCUGCCUAUUCCCCCCCUCACCUGGAUCCACCUAUCGCUUCCCAGCUCUUGCUUCACCCCUCACCUCUUUACACUAUCUCCCCUCUAAGCUUUCAGUCCAGAUGAAGGAUCUCAACCUGAGAUGUCAACUAUCCAUUUCCCUCCACAGAUGCUGCCUGACCCACUGAGUUCCUCCAGCACCAUGUUUAUUUGUUAAAUGUUUUAUCUUUCUUGCUGCUUGUGACGUUUGAUGGAUGAGAUCAAGUCAGUGGGCUCACGAGCUGCCACCAUCACAGACCGGAGUCCCUCACUGUCAAACCAGAGAGGAAUUACUCUUUGGCAUGCUUUGACUGAUGUGUCUACCAUGGCUGUUCAUUAAAAUGUUCAUUAGACCCUUGGCCUUGCAGGAGUGCAACAGUGCGCGAGAGACGGGUGUGUCCUCUGUAGCGAAGCUGACUUCUCUGUCGAGAGUUUGGGGAUUGGUCCCCUGAUCCAAAGCAUUCUGGAGAUUGGGUGGACUUGGAACUGGGUGCCAAGGGGAAGGGUUUCAGAGGGAAGGGGACACCCAACAGAAGCAGCCAUGUUAUAGAUACACAGGGGGGAUAAUCAAGAAAGAUAAUUGGUGGCCAAUAAAACACUCACUUCCUCUCAUCAACACUAAGAGGUAUUUUGUUCAUGUGGGGGUAAUUCAGGGGCGGAGGGGCAGUUUCUGGACAACCCCUACUUGAUAGGGGAUCCAGGCGGCACAGCUGGUCGAGCCGCUGCCUCACAGCACCGGAGACCCGGGUUCAAUCCCAACCUCCGGCGCUGUCUGUGUGGAGUUUGCACGCUCUCCCUGUGACCGCGUGAGCUCCCCCCGGGUGCUCCGGUUUCCUCCCACGUGCGGGUCGGUGGGUUAAUUGGCUGCUGUAAAUUAACCCCAGUGUGUGGGUGAGGGGUGGAAUCUAUGGGGGGUGGGAGUUGGUGGGAAUGUGGGAAAAGAAAAUGGGAUUAGUGUAAAUAGGUGAUGGAUGGUUGGCAGGGACUCUAUGGGCCGAAUGGUCUGUUUCCAUUCUGUAUCUCUCUAUGAUUCUAGACCAGCUAAAGCUCAUCCGCUUUAAGUCGGAGAGAGCAGGCUCAACUAUUAAGGCCUACUCAAGUGAGCGAUCCCUCACCUCCCUAUGUGUAAAUAUCACCAACAAGUUGUCCCUGUCCAACCAUGUGCACACUAUGGCCAAGAAAGCACACCAUCGUCUCUACUUCAGAAGGCGAAGGAAAUUCAGCAUGUCCCCUUUGACCCUCACCGAUGCACCAUAGAAAGUAUCCUAUCCGGAUUCAUCACGGCUUAGUACGGCAACUGCUCUGCCCAAGACAGCAAGAAACCGCAGAGCGUUGUGAACACAGCCCAUUCCAUCACGGACCAGCCUCCCCUCCACAGCCUCCGUCUAGACUUCCCGCUGCCUCAGGAAAGCAGCCAGCAGAAUCAAGGACCCCACCCACCCUGGACAUUGUCUCCUAUCCUACCUUCUGUUGGGCAGAAGAUACAGAAGCUUAAGAGCACGCACCACCAGGCUCAGAGACGGCUUCUAUCCCACUGUUACCAGAUUCUUGAACGGACCUCUCAUAUAUUAAAAGAUUAGCCCUUGAUCUCCUAAUCUACCCCAUCGUGGCCCUUGCACCUUAUUUGCCUAUCUGCACUUUCACUGUAAAUGCGACACUAUGUCCUGCAUUCUGUUUUCUUUUUACUACCUUGAUGUAUUUACAUGUGGAAUGGUCUGUCUGGAUGGCAUGCAAAUGAAAGCUUUUCACUGUAUCUCAGUACAUGUGACAAUAAUAAACCAAUUCCAAUACCCAUGUCACACAAAGGCUGAAGAUGUGCCAUGCAUCCUGAACAAGUGAUACCCCAUUUGACGUCACGGUGCCCAGAAGGUUCUGGUUUAUAGUUUAUCAAGGUGGCUGACCCACCCCUGUGGGUCCUGACCUCAUUAGCCAAGCAGGUUUUAGAUUGACUUCCUUCACGUAAUGUGCAGGAAGUUGCAAUGAAAGAUUUCUGGGCCUUCCUUUCUCACACACGCACGCGCCAAGUUUUGGAGAAAUAAAAUCUCUUUAAUUCCAGAACACACUCCCUUCAUUUGUUGACAGACCCUGCACCAGGUGUUGACUGUGUUCAUUGACCAGAAUGAGCUGUUUGAGAUGGUGACAGAUGUCUCCAGAUUACAGAUGUGCUCUAUCUCACAGUCCUAUGUCUCUCACAGAGGGAGUUCCUUGGAGGUAGGGGUGUAAAGUCAAUUGACGCCCAUCUUUUACCAGCUUUUACUCAGCACUGGGCCUGCCCUCCACUGGCGGGAUGUCCCAGGACCACAUCCCUAGCCAGGACAGCAGAUCCAGGUCUACCCAGGCCUAGACAGGUUUGGUGAUUUUGUCCAGUGCCCAGGUGAGGCUGGGUCGGGAGGAUGGACCGUCGCAAUUCCACAGUUGUAGCCAAUGUACAGUUGUCAAGCAGGGCGGAGAGACUGGGUUCGAUGACAGACCCAGACACACAAGUUGCUCAGCCAAGGACAGAUUCUCCAUCAAUAUAACACUACCUUGUAGCACAGACAACAUGCAUGGUUAGGAAGCAGACGACCAACUCUGGAGCAAAGAUCUUCAAGCCAUCGUGUGUAAAUUGCCUGGGUUGAUCACUGAGAGGAGGGAGAGCUGAUGGUUGUUGGUUGGGAUGGGCUCUUUGCUGGGCAGAUUCGUGCACAUCAGGUAGAUAUUUGGCUUUGCAUUUCUCCUGGACACUUGUUUCCCUCUAUCCCACUGGAGACAGAAUGAUCAGCAGCCAUUUUGCAACUGGUCUCCAUCAGCUGUUGGUACUAGGAACACCAGGAGGCCCUUCAGCCCCUCAAUCCAGUUCUAUUAUUCAAGGAGAUCACAGUUACACCAAGCACUUGUAUUUGGUUUUGAAACUCCCCUCUCCCCCAGCAAUCUCCUCAGGUUUACUUUAAUCGCAGUCUUGAGACAUACUUGUUACCGUUGGUACUGAAACCGGGCAGUCUGACCAAACAUGCCCAGGGUUGGAGACACAAGAGACUGCAGAUGCCCGGAAUUCGGAGCAAC